AUGGUGCAGGGUUGUAGCAAAGAGAUAACCAGGAAAACUGAAAAUAAUUAUAAUAUUUAUAAUCGUGCUAAUUUAAUAUCUACUCUCUAUCUAUCUAUCUCACUUUCCCUCUUUCUCCGUCUAUCUCUCCCUGUCUAUCACUUUCUCAUUCUCUUUCUCUGUCUAUCUCUCUAUCUCAUUCUCUGUGUGUCUAUUUCACACACUCUUUCUAUAUCGUUCUAUCUCUGUCUCCCACUUUUCUCUGUCUAUAUCACUCUUUCUCUCUCCCUGUCUAUCUGUCUCCAACUCUCUUUCUUUUUCUCUGUUUAUUUCUCAUUCUUCCUCUCUUUCGCUCUGUCUAUCUCUCUUUGUCUGCUUGUCUCUUUCGCACACUCUCUCUCUCUCUCUCUCUCUAUCUCUCUCUCUAUCUAUAUCUCUCUCUCUCUCUCUCUUUCCAUCCCUGUCUCUCACUCCUUCUCUAUCUAUUUCUAUUUCUCUCUCUUCUUUUCUCUCUUUCUCUCUCUCAUUUUAUCUUUCUGGCUCUCACUAUAUCGCUCUCUGCCUGUCUAUACUUUUUUCUCUCUCUCUCUCUCACACACACACACACACAUACACACACAUACUCUCUCUCUCUCUCUCUCUCUCUCUGUAUCUGUAUGUUUUUCUCUCUCUCUCUCUCUCUCUCAAGUUCUCUCUCAAUCUAUCUUUCACCCUCUUACUCUGUCGUUCUAUCUCUCUCUAUGUCUAUCUCACUCUCUCUCUCUCUGUCUCUCUCUCUCUUUUCCUGGGUGUGGAGUAAUAUUGAAUCAGUUACUUGGAAUUAAAUAA